ACUUGGCCACAGGGCCAGGUCGCAAUGACAUCGCUGUGGCCUCUGCGGAGCCAGUGGGGCCGUGCCUCAAGCCAGGGGGGCAGCAGCUCAUAAGUAACGGUGACAGAGGAAACAGGGGUCCCACUCGAGGCCUUCUUUCUGCUCUAAGGACCAGGCCGGAGUUGGGGUCAGCCUCCCAGUCCCUGGCACUUGCAGGGCCUUCUGCGCUUCCCUCCGGUGGCCGCGGGGCCAGCAUCUGUCUUCACAGCUCAGCCCAGCAUCCGCUUUCCAACAAGACCGUCUCUGCCCAGCCAGGGGUCUCUCCCCUCCUUCAUGUCACAGCAUCCACUGUCCUAGCAUUAUCGUUCUCUGAAUCGUCCACGUUACCGUUUGCCUCCCUCCCUAGACUGCAAGCUCCGGAAAGUUCCAGGAGUACACAUAGUGAAUGGACAGUUUCAGACAUGAGGCAGUGCCCACCGUGAUCAGCGCAGUUCUCCAGUUUUAUCCCCCCCUUUGCUCUUCCUGACGGCAACCCUCUCCUGAGUUGGGAGCUUUAUACGAUGACCCUUCAUGUCUCUAUAUUCCACUUCAGUGGGGAUUUUUUUCUUACAAGAAAACGGAUUCUUCUCUCUCCCUCAGGAGUAUUAAGGGACAUCCCUGUUGCUUUGUGACUCAUCAGACAUGCAAAUAGCCCCACAAGAAUCAAGCUAAAUUUAAAGAAGACUUAGGUAGAAACAUUGAAAAGUGUACCAUGGAAUGCAAGGCUGCAGGAAAAGAAAAAUACCAACAUAGCUUGAAUUUACUGAAUAAAGUUAAGAACAUGAGAGAAUUAGUGGAAAUGAUUGACGUAGUGCUCAUAGCAGAAGGGGAGACGUUUCCUUGCCACAGGUUGGUCCUGGCUGCGUUCAGUCCUUAUUUCAAAGCCAUGUUCACCUGUGGACUACUUGAAUGUACUCAAAGGGAAGUCAUACUUUAUGAUAUUACAGCAGAAAGUGUGUCAGUGAUAUUGAACUACAUGUACAAUGCGGCUUUGGAGAUCAAUAAUGCCAAUGUUCAGACGGUAGCUAUGGCUGCCUAUUUUAUGCAGAUGGAAGAAAUCUUUAGCGUGUGUCAAAAAUACAUGAUGGACCACAUGGAUGCCUCGAAUUGUGUAGGUAUCUAUUAUUUCGCCAAGCAGAUUGGCGCUGAAGAUUUAUCUGAUCAAUCGAAGAAAUAUUUAUAUCAGCACUUUGCUGAGGUGAGCUUACACGAAGAAAUAUUAGAAAUUGAAGCACACCAAUUUCUGACGCUCAUUAAGUCAGAUGACCUUAACAUAUCCAGGGAGGAGAGCAUUCUGGACCUAGUCCUUAGAUGGGUAAACCAUGACCAAGAAUUGCGCACUGAGCAUCUUGUUGAGCUUCUGAAGCAGGUCAGGCUGGAACUUAUAAAUCCUUCUUUUUUAAGACAAGCCCUAAAAAGGAACACAAUGCUUCUAUGCGAUGCAGCUUGCAUUGACAUCAUUCAGAAUGCAUUCAAAGCCAUCAAGACCCCCCAGCAGCACUCUCUAAAUCUUCGCUAUGGCAUGGAGACCACUAGUCUCUUGCUUUGCAUCGGCAACAAUUCUUCCGGAAUCAGGUCAAGGCACAGGAACUACGGGGAUGCCAGUUUUUGUUACAACCCCGCCUCACGGAAGACCUAUUUCAUCUCGUCUCCCAAGUAUGGAGAGGGCUUGGGAACCGUGUGUGCUGGUGUCGUCACGGAGAACAACACUAUAAUCGUAGCCGGAGAAGCAAGUGCCUCCAAGCUUUCCAGACAAAAGAACAAGAAUGUUGAAAUCUAUAGGUAUCAUGACAGAGGAAACCAGUUUUGGGAGAAGUUAUGCACGGCGGAAUUUCGAGAGCUCUAUGCCCUGGGCUGUGUCGGUAAUGACCUCUAUGUCAUAGGAGGACAGAUGAAAGUUAAAAACCAGUAUCUCAUCACAAACUGUGUCGACAAGUACUCAGCAGAACGGGACAGUUGGAGAAGGGUGUCUCCCCUUCCGUUGCAGCUGGCAUGCCAUGCCGUAGUGACCGUAAAUAAUAACCUUUAUGUGAUCGGAGGCUGGACCCCUCAGGUUAAGGAAUUUCCCGCAUCCCUAACUGGCAUGGCCGUGCUGCAUCUGGCUGCUGUGCUGAAAGAUGUAGUCAUGGAACACCAAACGAGCAUGGCUUACAUUUGGGUGGAUCUUCCCGAUGAAGAACCAGACCGACUAAGCAACCGAGUGCUGCGGUAUGACCCCAGCCAAGACCAGUGGACAGAGCGGGCGCCCAUGAAGUUCUCUAAGUACCGAUUCAGCACAGCCGUCGUCAACAGUGAGAUUUAUGUUUUGGGUGGGAUUGGCUGUGUUGGUCAAGACAAAGGCCAGGUUCGAAAGUGUCUCGAUGUGGUGGAGAUCUAUAACCCUGACGGGGACUUCUGGAGAGAGGGUCCACCUAUGCCAAGUCCCCUGCUCUCCCUUCGAACCAAUUCUACCAAUGCAGGAGCAGUGGAUGGGAAGCUCUACGUCUGUGGGGGGUUCCACGGAGCAGAUCGACAUGAGGUUAUCUCCAAAGAAAUAUUGGAGCUAGACCCAUGGGAAAACCAGUGGAAUGUUGUAGCCAUUGAUGUCCUCAUGCAUGACAGUUAUGAUGUCUGCCUGGUGGCCAGGAUGAACCCCCGAGACCUCAUCCCCCCGCCUUCAGAUCUGGUGGAAGAAGGCAAUGAGCACUGAAGUCAAUGUAUGCUGUAGGACCUCUUGCUGUGUCUGCACGGGAAGUGUUAGGAAUGGAGAGAGCCCACGGGCACCAGCCAAUCACCCUGCACAUGUGUGUUGCAUGCGUAGUUGCCUAUGUGCAAAGCAGCAUGUGCUGGGUGCUGUGAUAGGGAGUGAGCAGAGUCCGUGCUCAGGGACCUCUGGUUGGCUUGGAUGGACAAGACAUUACAAGGCCAAGGUUGGCAACAGCACAGGAAGGACACAGGGUAAGUGCCGUAGGAACUGGGAUGGAGGAAUCUCAUGCUGCCAGGACUAGAGGACAGCAUUGCCAAGGAGCAGGCCUUUCACCAGGGCCUCGGAGGAUGAGGAAGAAGCAGUCCCAUGGGUGCAGCUGACGGGGACAUCACAGAAACAGCUGAGCAAAGGCCCGGAGUGGGUCAGGUUGCUGGGGCCACAGGCUCGGAAAAGGAGGUUGCAGAUAAGUGACCACCACCUGGGAAAGCAAGGACUGUGGACCUGGUCUCUGAGCAGGGGACUUGUCUCAACCCCUGUGAUGUUGAAGAAGACUUCUCACUGUGCUUUGUUCUGGUUUCCAUCUUGCAAAGCCUUUCUUUUCUCGUGUCCAAUACUCUUCUACUGCAAUAACAUCGGCCAAAACAGGGCUAGCAAUGAACCACAAGUUCCCAACAGCCCAGGCACCCAAGCCCCUAACCACAGGAAGCAGGGAGGAAGUCCACCCUGGGCCAGAUCAGCAUCAGGGACAGAGAUGGGGAGCCCUGCUACCCUUGCCCACUCACAUUGGCACACAGUGUCCUGGACGAGACUUAUCCAAGCUGCCCUUGGCCGGCUCUCAAGGGCACAUGCCCUUCGGGACAUCAGCCCUGGCUGCAUGCAACUGGCCUAGGCCACCCAUAGACCAGGCUCCGGAGCAGAGGAGAGAGGAAGUACAUCCUUUUGGCUACCUGCUGCCUGCUGUCUUACCCAGUCUUUGCACUCUCUUCCCCAAGACUAGAAGGUAGGGAUGGAGCCACUUGCUUCAGCCCACAGUUGAACAUAAUCAGAAAACAGGAACUCCCAAAAUAUGCUUUAGGGCUGACACUUAAACAACGCAUGGGAAAUCCACCUAUUUUACUUGCUGUCCCUACUCCCAGAAGCUCAAUGGACUCAAAGAAUGCAUUUCAGUAGCUGUUCUUCAUUAACUUCUCCAGGUUGUCCCCAAGUAGGCCAGACUCUAAGGGGGCAUGGGCCGUGUCUGUCACCUUGCACCUCGCCACUGUGCUACUUGAAGCCUGCGUUGAGCAAAGUGUGCUUUUAGGCAGUGAGGCCCAGGCCCUUCCCUAGUGUUUAUACAGAGGGUUCUAAGAACGCUUCUUUCCACGUGAGUUCCAAUGGGCUGAUCCUUCUCCCUACUCUGUGGAUUUUUUUUUCUUGCUGCAAAGGCAGAGCAGUUCCUGUGAGUGGACGGGACUGGCCAUGGCAGCCAAGGUUGCAGAGAACCCCCCACAGGUUUAUUUCCCAAGGUUCCUCUUAGCAACACCUGCUCUGCACACACAUUAGAAGUUGCCACAUUUGCCUGCGUCAAGGAGGUCUUGUAGGCAUGUCAUGAUCCAUCCUCUAGAGGCCCUGGGGUCAAGGUCUCAGCUCUGCCACCAGCCUUGCUACUUAGCCAGCUGCAUGGUCUUGGCCAACAUAAGUAACCUUUCUAAAGCUGUAUUUUCACCAAAUGAAGAAUGGGAAGAAAAAAUCAUGUCUAGGGUAGGUGUGAGGACUGAGUGAGAAAGUGUGGAGCACAGUCCCUGUCCUUCACCUGCCAUUGUUUCUAGUAGCAUCAUCAUUGUAAUCCACACUUCCCAAGGCCUAGAGGGCACAACAACUGGUCCUUGGAUGGGUGGACUCUUGUGGGAUUGUAGGGGAGUCGUGCACAUGGCAUGAGGGGUUCCUAGGGCCCCAGACCCUUCGCAGGGCAUGCAGAUACACACACAAGCCCUCGCUUCAGCGUCUAUUUUAAACCUGCAGUGCUUUUAGUCUUUCAUGUUCAUCAUUAAAAACAAGGUGCCUCCGCCCUCCUGUCAGUAGAUACUGUCAGAGACUCAGCUUUGAACUCCUACCGCUCCUUCCUUCCUCUCGGUGGAGGACUCUCAGGAAACUUGGACUCUUUGCCAGCUCUUCUCUGUGGGACAGGAUUCCUGGACACUGAGCAGCAGAACAUAGUGGGGAAUGCUCUGGAUGCUGAGGCCCUUAAGAAAUGGCCACUGUCAGCAGAUCGCCGCCCACGUCCACCAAGAAAGCGCCACUGUCUUCACUGAUUGACUUUAUGAUGAGCAGAUACUUUAAAUGGGGACUUAUAAAAUAAAAGUGUACUAAUGAAAGAUCGCAAAUGA